AUGAUUCAGCUUGCCGCCACUUCCAUCGCCUUUCUGAAAACGAGUGCCAUACCAAAGACGCCGCUGAUAACAGCUUCCUCUACAGCCUUGAACCAAAUAACACCUGGUGGCGAUAACAGCGACGAGAGGAACUCUUCACCACUAGAUAAAAUCCUCAACAUGAAUCCAAAAGCAAAAUCUUGUGUCUCCAUGGCCGCCGCCAUGGCAUUGCAUUUUGGCGGUUACGAAUUUGCCAGAAGUGGUGCAUUGGCUCUGUUUACGUCUUCGGAGACUGGCUUCUCUCAUCCUUCUGCAUACCCAUUAGCCAUGGGACUUGUCACACCAUUUUCACUUGGUCUUCUUUAUUGUUACGGUCUCGUCUUGAAAUCAAAAGGACCACGAAGUGCUCUUCGGUUGACCAAGUUGAUUUCCAUUGUCAUCUUGACGGCGUGUAUCACAGCGCUACGAGCAGCCGAGACUAUGGCAUCCGUACCAGUGAUUGUUUCCAAAUGUCUUGUAGGCAUCCUCUUUAUCUUUCAAAAUUCCUAUGCCCAUUUGCUCUACUCGCAACAAUGGUCGUUCUUGGGAAGUGUCAUGACGCCGUCGGAAGGAACCAAAUGGUUUUCAGCCAUUGCUGGUCUCAGUUCUCUAGUUUGUACCUUGACGGCAACCAUGGUUCACCGACUAGCACCGGUGAUCGGUAUCCAUGGUCUCAUUUUGGGUACUGCAGGUGGAUUGACAUUGAGUCUCUUGUUGGCGGAUUAUGCCUACGCCACGAGCGAAGAGUUUGGGUUUGACCCCAAGAAGGACAUGGUGAAAGCGAAAAAGAAAAAGCCAGAUGGCACCACUGCUGCUGCUGAAGAAGAACAAUCUCUAUUAUCCAAGACCUCCAAACUGUUCCACCGCGUCCCCACGUUGGCUUAUCUGUUUGGAGAAGUCAUUUCCUUUCAAUCCCUGUCGACCGUCCUGCAAAUUUGCUUUGUCCGUCAACUCAAACAACAAAUACCAGGCGAUACGGCCCGAGCAGCCUUUUCGGGUCGUUUCUAUGCCUACAUCAAUGGAAUCAGUGCCACUAUGCAAUUCUUUGUCUUGCCCAUGGCGCGCAAGUACAUGGAACCCAAAUGGGUGUAUCGAUUCAUGCCCACAAUAUUGUUGCCUUGGCUCAUCUAUGCCUCGUUGCAAACGAAUAAUUUGUGGGUGGCGGCGGCAGCCUUUUUCAAUCUCAAAACUUUGGAUUAUGCGCUCCGCAAUGUGGUGAAUGAAAUGGUCUUUCAACCUUUGGAUUUCGAGUCACGGUACUUGGGCAAGGAAGUGAUUGGAGUAUUUGCCAAUCGAUUUGGCAAAUCUGGCAUGUCCUUGAUAUUGAGCUUGGUGACGGCACAAUUCUCGGGCGUGGGGGUUCCCGAACUCUCCAAGCUCAGUGUGAUUGUUGCUACCAUGUGGGCCUCGUGCAGUUUCAGACUGAGCAAUACCGUGGUGUCCAACAAGGAAGCCGAAGAAAAGGUGAAGAAACGACAGAAUAAGAAGAAGGAUUAA